UGCUAUUUUUCACGCUCUUUCAUCGCGCUUCGUCGACGCGCGUUCAAUUUACACCGCAUACUCGUGUCUCCUCAUUGUCCUCGCGAUCGCUUCUAAUAACCUUUCGGCGAAUCUCGAGACGUCAGCCUCGCGCGUAAUCGGCUUUUAUGAUUUAUCGAGGAGAUAUCGAAUAAAAAAAAGGAGAUCGUAGAUUUGAGCGAAAUUUUUGCCACGUGAAUCAGCGCGAUUUGAAUCUCAACGGAAUUUAAUAUGACAACCGAUCCGGAACGCGCCGUCAAUACUAGUGCUACGGAAUCUGUCGAAGAUGAAGAUGAUAACGACCAACCAAAAAUUUUACGUAACACUAAAGUGUUAGAAGCUCUUCGAGAUUGUAUUACUACACCACUGUUAGAGCCAAUGCAGUCUCUUCCUGCUUCCGUCAAACGCAGGAUCAAAGCACUGAAACAAUUGCAGCUUGUUACUACUAAUAUCGAGGCCAAGUUUUAUGAAGAAGUUCAUGCUUUGGAAUGUGAAUACUAUAAAAUGUGUGCGCCUUUAUAUCAGAAGCGGAGUGAGAUAGUAUCUGGUGCACAUGAGCCAACGGAUGAGCAAUGCGUUUGGGAGAGUGAUGAUGAUGAGGAAACUCUAAGUAAUUAUAUGAAAGAAAAAGCGAAAGUUGAGGAUAAUACAGAGAAUAAGGAUGAAACGGAAAACGAGGACGACACUAAAGGCAUCCCAGAUUUUUGGUUAACAAUAUUUAAGAAUGUAGGUACAUUAGCCGAUAUGGUUCAGGAACACGACGAGCCGAUCCUAAAACAUUUAAAUGAUAUUAAAGUUAAAUUUCUGGAAUCGAAUCCAAUGGGAUUUGUCCUCGAGUUCCAUUUUACACCAAAUGAAUAUUUCUCAAAUUCAGUGCUCACUAAAGAAUACAUCAUGAAAUGUACACCAGAAAAAAAUGAUCCAUUUAGUUUUGAAGGACCUGAGAUAUAUAAAUGCAAAGGCUGCGUUGUUGAUUGGAAAAAGGGCAAGAACGUAACGAUAAAAACCAUUAAGAAAAAUCAGAAGCAUAAAUCUCGAGGAUCUAUGCGUACUGUGACCAAAACAGUUCAAAACGAUUCCUUCUUUAAUUUCUUUAGUCCGCCAAUCGUGCCAGAAGACUCGGAAGCCGAUAUAGACGAUGAAACUCAAGCUAUACUGACCAGCGAUUUUGAAUUAGGUCAUUACAUUAGAGAACGCAUAGUUCCUAGAGCCGUACUAUACUACACAGGUGAAGGUUUAGAGGAUGAAGAUGAAGAUUACGAAGACGAGGAGGAUGGAGAUGACGACGAUGAUGUCGACGAGGAGGAUGAGGAAGAAGAGGGUUCAUCUCCUACUAAUGCGCCUUCAGGUGGGAAACAAGGCGAUGAUCCUAAUGAGUGUAAACAACAGUAGAAUUAUAUUAAUUAUGAAAAAUAAUGGAAAAAAAAGAAAAAUCAAUCGUUCGUGCGUUACAGUAUGCGACAACACACUAACGACACAUCUGACCGAUAACUGCCUAGAUAAUCCUGCACCUUGCAGUUCCAAAUGUAAUCCCUGUUCUCUUUGUAUCAAUCAUCUAAUCAUAUCAUGUCUCCUAUUCCAGAUCAAGCCUAGAACUCUUCAACAUACCAGUGAUACAAAAACAGAAAGAUAAAAAAAAUUAUGCGUACUACACCUUCCUUUUACUCGCCGUUGACGAUGAGUAGAAUAUAUGCGCCUUAUCAUAUCUGUGCUAAGAUCUAAUGUCAUGUAUGUAUACGGUAAUUGCUCUUGCUCUCGAACACUAAUUAUUGUCAAUUUUUAAUUGCUUUAUUUUAUACGACUUGUUACGUUUAUAUGUGCCGACAGAGAGAGAUUGUUUGAAUUCUUUUCCGAAGAAACGCACGUUGCUCUAUGGAAAAAAUUUUUGGGUACUGUUGAAGCAUUUUUAAUACAAAAGUGGAGAAAAAAAAUGUU